AUGCCCUCCGCAACCCCAGCGCGACAGCGUACCUCCGUGUCCCAAUAUCGUCCUCCACCAAGUGUCCGCUCACGAGCCACCCCAAGAUCCACCGCGAGGGCUACAGAAGCCCCCGAAAACACAGACGAACCGGAAGUCCCAUACCAGGCCCCCGAGGCCCCUCUUAAUCUAGAUGCCCAUCGCGAUCUCCACAAACUCCGCGAGAAAAAAUAUCUCGAGAAAGUGAUGGAGCACAUCCACAAUGCCGGCGCACAUAUCACCAACUCAGCCGGCGAAGUGAGCGAUCGGCUCCGCGAUGCGCAAAUCCGAUACCAGAAGAUGAAAGAAAAGCGCCGAUCCGAGGAAGAUGGCCAGGACCGAGAUGCAGAGGGUGAUGAUGAGUACCAACAUCUUGCGGAGCAGGAACGAAAAGUGAAUGCCAUCAUGGGCCGUUUGGAGGAGAAAAUGCGCGGUGUCGUUGAUAGCGAGACCAGAUCUAAUGAAUUGAAGGAGGUGCUGCAGAAACUCGAUAAUGAGGAGGCGCAGGUACAGCAUGCUUUGCUGGGCGACCGACAACUGCGGGGCCCGCGGCGCACGAGGCGGCAAAUGGGUGAUGAGGACGGAGAAAAUGAAGAGAAUGAAGAGGACGCGGAGCGCGAGUCCACGCCGGUGCGAGAGCUUCGCGAGCGUAAUGCCGAAAAUCCACCUAGUAAAAGGCUGAAGACCUCGCUAGCCGAGGGCCAAAGGAAGUGGGAAGAACUGUCAUUGACUCAGAGAUACUCCAAAAACAACACUUAUACUGGGUUCUACCGCGUCGUGCACGACUCCAAGUACCCCGACAACGAAGCUCCACCAAUGCCGCACUCCUCUACAUGGUUCUCCCACCUGGAGGAUGACACUGGUGCAGGCGCUUCAAGUGGAACUCUAUCAAACCGCCGACGUAGCCAGCGUCAGCCAUCUCCCGCUGACUCCGAUGACGUCGCCAUUGAGCGCGAGCGCAUAUCGCUGGAUUGCCCUAUCACCCUGGUCCGUUUCAAGGACCCUGUUACCAGCACUAAAUGCCCGCAUAGCUUCGAACACGAUGCUAUCAUGGAUAUGAUCAUGCGCUCACGACCCAUGCCCGGUGGCCCCGCACGCGUCAAGGCAGUCAAGUGCCCUGUAUGCUCGAUCGUCCUUACUGCGGGGGAUCUGGCCCGUGAUACCGCUUUGCAACGUCGUGUGCGUCGUGCAGAAGAACAAGAAGCACGUCGGGCUGAGGAAAGUGACUCAAACGAUGAUGAUGAGCGGCAGAAUCCGAACCGGGUGACGCUGGCGAGUGAUGCGGUCGAUCCUGAUGAGGAUGCGAUGGAUGUGGAUGUGGAUGCGCCGGCUGGGACGCAGAUCAAAUCGGAGCCUGGGCAGAUUAAGGGAGAGCGGCGUCAGACCGUGGACAUGGAGAGACUCGAUGAGGAUGACGAAGAGGAAGAGGACGACGAGGAUGAGGACGAAGAGGAUGAGGAAGAGGACGAUGAACAUGAGAUUAGCGCAGACGGGGAGGGAGAAAGUUAUCAGUAG